CUGCUUCUUCUCCUCCUAAUUUCCACGAAUCUAUGCUGUUUGCGUUUCUAUUGAUCGACCCGAUGAUCCCUGUGAUUACAUAUUCUGUCUUGAAUACGUUUCGAAACGAACAAAAUAGUAUGAUACGAGAUACAGUAUUGUUGCAACAAUAAUGGUGAGUGAUAACGAAGAUCUUGGCGAAGCUUGGCGAAGCUUCCCUAUGAAGAGUCUGAUGAAUACCUAGCCUCAUGUCAGCACCCGCAGGCAACGACUAAUACUUAGUGAAUUUGACACCCCGACAAGCCUACAACACUUCACUCUUCAUCAAACACGUUACCUUCUCACACCUUUCAUCAGAACUCCUUCCGUACUACAUUACUCCUGCCACGCAUUGCCCCGCAUUCACGAUGCAAAUGCCCGACGUGCCGGUCAAUGUGCCCAUUGACGACCCAAAUGCAGACACAGAAUGGAAUGAUAUUUUACGCAAACAUGGCGUGAUUCCCGAAAAACCACCCUCUCCAACGCCUAUGAUCGAAGAGGCGUUGGAAGAGGCACGGAGAUUGGCCCAUGAAAAUCGUCUGGAAGGCAAGGAUCUCGACGAAUUGGCUGAGUUGGAGGAUGACGAGGAUGACGAUUUUCUCGAGCAAUAUCGGCAAAAGCGUAUGGCCGAGAUGUCUACGAUAUCGGCUGCUUCGGUGUACAAUCAAGUGUAUCAAAUCCAAAAACCCGACUAUUCACGCGACGUCACCGAAGAAUCAAGCAAGACCCACGUCCUGGUGCUUCUCACAUCUUCGCAUGGCACCAACGUCGAAUCACGCGUUCUCACUGAAAUCUGGAGGGAGCUAGCCCAGCGAUUUGGGGACCUAAAGUUCUGCCAAAUACGGGCCGAUCUCUGUAUUGAAGGUUACCCUGAUAAGAACACACCUACGGUACUUGUUUAUAAGGACGGUGACAUUAAGAAGCAGAUUGUGACAUUGCGCGAACUGAAGGGACCGCGCACUAGGUCUGAGGAUGUUGAACAAGUUCUGGUGGACAUUGGCGCGGUUCAACUCGGCGACCCACGUCUACACCGCAACAAAUCCAAGGAAGAAGAUGCUCCUACCAGCAAAAUACGGCAAGGCACGACAGUCCAAGACCCCGAUGACAGUGAUUGGGAUUGAUGGCUGUAAGCCACGUGUGGAUACAAGACAAUGUGAUGAAGGAAGUGCGAAUAACGCUAGACCUCCCCACGUUUGUCCGAAUAGUGUUUGCUGCCUGAACUCCUAGUCUGAGUUGCUAGGUGCGAGUACAUUGAAAACAGUUAGUGGCUACAGGUGUUGCCCGGUGGGUAAGCGCGUGUAGAAGAGAAAAACAUGCUCAUGUACAUAGAAGGGAAGCGAGAUUAUCGUGCAGCAAAGAUGCCUUGUGCCCCACGCCCCGCGCCGUGCAAAAUAUGAAGAAGUUCCCGAAAUAAUAUACGCAUCU